GGCCUUGGGCCCACCCCGGCCGCUGCCCUUCGCCCGCCAUCGCCCGCCCGAGGGCCGGGGACGUUGGGGGGGGGGGGGGGUUUGUCUGUGUGUGAGGGGGCGAUUGGCGGACCCAGGCUGCCUGCAGCGAGCCAAACCGUUCCGCACAACUUUGUCGUCUUAAAAAUAAUCAGGAAAAAAAAGAAGAAAAAAAAAAGCCCCUUUCCGCUGGCAGACGAGCCCAGAGUGCCGCCAGGCGGGAGCCAGAGAUGACCAAGGAAGAAGAACUACCAGACUGGAGCUCAUCCAAGGAGUUUUAUGAAAAAUAUGAGCCGAAGGAAGUUUUGGGCAGGGGGGUGAGCAGUGUUGUCCGUCGGUGCAUUCACAAAACAACCCGGCAGGAAUAUGCCGUGAAGAUUAUUGAUAUCACAGCCGGUAACAUAACCCCCAAGGAGGUGCAGGAACUGCGAGAAGCCACUGCUAAAGAGAUCGACAUUCUCCGGAAAGUCGCAGGCCAUCCCAACGUCAUCCAGCUGAAGGACAGCUAUGAAUCCAGCACCUUCUUCUUCUUGGUGUUUGACCUGAUGAAGAGAGGGGAGCUCUUUGACUACCUCACUGAGAAAGUCACCUUGAGUGAGAAGGAAACCAGGAAGAUCAUGCGUGCACUGUUGGAAGUGAUCCAGUACCUCCACUCCAUCAACAUCGUCCACCGGGACCUGAAGCCGGAGAACAUCCUCCUGGAUGACGACAUGAACAUUAAGCUGACGGACUUUGGCUUUUCCUGCCAGCUGCACGAGAACGAGAAGCUCAAAGAGAUCUGCGGCACGCCUGGCUACCUGGCUCCGGAGAUCCUGCAGUGCUCCAUGGAUGAUGAGCACCAAGGCUACGGGAAGGAGGUCGAUAUGUGGAGCACCGGGGUGAUCAUGUACACCUUGCUGGCCGGCUCGCCUCCCUUCUGGCACCGCAAGCAGAUGCUGAUGCUGCGGAUGAUCAUGAACGGGGACUACCAGUUCGGCUCCCCAGAGUGGGACGACCGCUCGGACACCGUCAAGGACCUGAUCUCCCGGUUCCUGGUGGUGGACCCGCGGCAGCGGUACACGGCCGGUGAGGCGCUGGCCCACCCCUUCUUCCAGCAGUAUGACGUGGAGGAGGUCCGGCAUUUCAGCCCCUUCCGGAAAUUCAAGGUGAUCUGCCUGACCGUCCUGGCGUCGGUCCGUAUUUACUACCAGUACCGGCUGGUCAAGUCGGUCACCAGGGAGCUGGUGGUGCGGGACCCGUACGCCCUGAAGCCCAUCCGCAAGCUGAUCGAUGCCUGCGCCUUCAGGACCUACCGGCACUGGGUGAAGAAGGGAGAGGCGCAGAACAGAGCUGCCCUCUUCGAGAACACCUGCAAGGCCAUUUUGCUGACCCUGGCAGCCGAGGAAGGGCUGUUUUGAUCGCUGCUGCGUAAGCCGAUGAGUUUGCUCAGAGUUAAGGCGAGUAAAAUCUUUGAAAACCAA